AUGCUAGAGGUAAGAGUACUGCGCAAUAAACGUAUAGAUGACAAAAUUUUCACAUACACCGCUGCAGCUAUAAUGCUUUUAAUGUUUAUAAAUCUCGGCACUGUGUUGGAUCUAAAACGUGUUGGCUCGAUUUUUCUAAGACCUAUAGGUCCUUUAUUGGGUUUUUGUUCCCGCUAUAUUGUAAUGCCGGGUUUGGCUAUUGGUUUGGGUGUUUUAAUGUUUAAAACUAAUACAAAUUUACAAUUGGCCUUACUUUUUACGGCCAUAGCACCCAGUGGCGGUAUCGCUAAUAUUUGUAAUGUUUUUUUGAAGGGAAAUAUUAAUCUUUCCUUGGCUACCACCACUUUAAAUAGUGUCUUGGCUUUGGGUAUGCUACCUUUGUGGAUUUUUCUAAUGGGUCCUGUUCUUUAUCAUGAUUCUAAGUUGAAUUUACCCUUUGUGAACUUGGCAGUUGGUUGUGUUGGUCUUUUAUUGGCCUUAUUAGUGGGAGUUAUAUUACGUACUUUUAUACCCAAAACUACACGAUUUAUAUUUCGUUUUUUGAAACCCGUUUCGGUGUUAUUGAGUUUGUGUUUGGUCGCCGUAACAGUGGGCAUAAAUGCCUUUGCCUUUAAGGAAAUUACCUUGAUGAUCUUCUUAGCUGCUUUAUUUUUACCCGUUAUAGGUUAUAUAAUUUCAUUUGUUUUAUCAAAAAUUCUAUGCCGCUCUAUAACAGAUGCCAUGACUAUUGCCGUCGAGACUAGUGUUCUAAAUAUGUCUUUACCUAUUGUUUUAUUGGAAUAUACAGUUACCCAACCUAUGCUGGCUGAUAUGUUAAUAGUUGUGCCUAUUUUAUCGGCCUUGUUAUCAUUAUGUUUAAUUGUUAUUUUCUAUAUUGUUCGAAGAAUAUUUGGUUGGAAUACAAAACGAGAUCUCGAUGCUUUCGACGAAGAAACUUUUUUAGUUGAAUAGAUAUAAAAUUGAUAUUACUAGAUAUAAGUUUAUUGUAAAUUUAAAGUAAUAUUGUAUUAGUUUUAAGUUUAAUUAAAAAAAUAAUUGUAAAAAACAAGACUACAGAUAGAGAAAUAAUCGAAACUUUGGCAACAAGAUCAAGAAGAAGGCCGAAGUUCUGUUUCAUUGAUGAUCGAAAGAAAAACUAUUUGAAAUUAUUAUAAUUCAUAUUAACAUUCGUUCCACUGUGAUUUUUAUCAGUAUGUAAUUAAUUAUAUCUUUUAUUGUCGGUAUUAAGGAAUUAAGAUAAAAAUUCAUAAAAAUCAGUUGACAGAAAAACUGAAGAAAUGUAAAUGGAAAGAUUAACUCCAUUAUUAUUUAAACAGUAAUGAACAAUAUGUAAUUGCUAAAUUGUUUUG